GAUUGAAGAGAGAGGGAUAGGAAACGGAGUGGUGCACGUGAUGAUUUUACAUUGAAUCUGCAUUGGAGCCUCGAAAAUUAUCCGCGCUACGCCCUAUGAACGAGGCUAUUAAGCACACUUUUGCCGGGUAACUCCCAAAGCUGUGUUUCCUCGAGACAUAAUCUCUUUCAGCAACUUAAAACACGCCUAGUCCAUGAGCCACGUGUAGUACUUGCUAAUGACUGACCACACCCAGUAAAAAGAGACUUUCCAAUAAAGUUAUAUGUUCCCAAGGCUGUUUUAGAGCUAUUGGAACAUGUAACGUGUAAGCGUGCUGGUUAUGACUACUACAAUAGGUAUAGACCUUGAAAUAUAAGUGAGUUGCACGGACUAAGCACAGUUACUUGUAGUUUAUUAUGCACUGAGUGUAGAAAUAGAUAUUGUUGUGAUGGCCUCGAUUAAACCGCACCGUAGCGCGGAUGUUACUCGAGAUACAAACCGUUUCCUAUCCCUCUAACUCUUCAAUCUAUGGUUCUAGCUAGCUAGCUAGCUAUAUAUAGCUAGUAUGUCCAGCUAGCUAUCCUACAUCCUUUAUACUCUUAGUAGCUAGACUUGGCUGUUGUCUAGCAUCUCUUAAGUCAGUGAGUCUACAUGAGAUGCAUAAGUAACAAGGUUGGUGGCAAAAUUGUUGUAACCUCAGACUAGCAAUACAUAGGUAGUUUUUUCAAAAGGGGGGGGCUUCAGCCCCUCAAAAUCACCCCUGGAUCCGCCCCUGACUGUACAUUAUUGGCAAGGGCUUUGUUAAAGAGUGGCCUUCAACCAAGACCACUAAAGCAUCUUUCUGGGAGGGUGCUGCAAGCCAUGUACAGCAAUUGGGAUUCAGUAUCAGGACAAGUGGUAGUUGCCGAUCAAAGAUAAUGCUCAAACUAUGCAAGAAGUUUGUUUCCCCUAAAGAAGCCAAGAAGCAACUGAAUGAUGCCAGUGAGAGUGAUUUGCCAUCAUCACACACCUCUUCUUCGCCUCCACUUGAAAGCUUAGUCAAGCGUCUACUUACAUUGCCUCCUCAACCUGAUCACUCUUAUUCUCCUAUGUCAGUUGAACACCUGGCUGUAUCACCAGAUGUUUCUCCUGAAGUGGUCGCAAUGGAUGACCCCUUGUUCGAGGCAUUUGUGUCCCUCCCUCAACAAGACCAAGUCAAUCUUGUCAGUGACCUUUUGUCACACAUUGCCGACAAGCAACACAGCGUAUCUGUACCAAAGGACUUUGUUCCUCUGCUGCUAAAAGGAAUGGCACACUUAAAUCGAAAGAACAAGCCAAAUCUCAUUUAUGAUUUUUGUCGCGGGCUAGGGUCACUCAGGCCUGAUGGAAGCGAUUCCUUAAUUCCAACAUCUAGGAUGCCAUUUGGGCUCUUGCAGUACUUGAUAGAGUUUUUCACAACGCAAGGUGGUCUUAAGUUAUAUUGCCCGGAAGACUACAAGCAGUGGCUGGAAACUAUGUACUCUCUCUUUGGGUCAAAGUGGUCAAAGCUUCAUUGUGGGCCUAUGUACAGCAUUGAGUCUACAGAGCAAGGUAGUGGUCGUGAAAGAGAUGAUGCGUUUAACAGAUUGAAGGCUCGUGUAAAUGUACCAGGACUGGGGGAAAGAGCACUCCGCACCAGUAUUGCUAACAGUGGUUUUUACAUUACUUGUGAACUCCAGAUGAAAGUAAUUGAAGAGGCUCUCAGAUUGCUCCCCUCUGCAAAUUGGUGGAUCAAGGCAGAUGGGGUGGAUGUCAUCAGUAGCCUUGAAGAGUCUAUGAGGCUGGAAUGGAAUGGAGAUGUAGACCUAGGAGAUGGGCACACUCAAGCGUUGUAUGAAGAGUAUUGUGGAAGGUUAAAAAGUGCAGAAGACCUUGACCUAUCACUUGGCAAUGUGCACAGUGUAGCUGAAUGUGUUCCAGUUCUGCUUGAGAUACAACAAGCUAUUUGUGAUGACCUUGAAUUCAUCAACAAGUGUCUUAUAUCUGCCACUUCAGAUUAUUCAAAAAUGGUUACUUGCGAUCAUAGUGUAUCAGAAAAGAAGUUGCGUAAUGCUGGCUGGAAGGUUGACGAACUCUCACGACUGAACAAGGCCGGCCGUCAAGUGAAAGUUGAUAUCCAGUGUGUAGUGGAACUUGCUGACCAAGGAAAUUCCCAGCUUCACCGUAUUCACCGUAUCUGUAAAGCUGUAACUGGAUAUUUGAAAGGCUUAUAUCGUCACAAAAGGACAGCUGCAACGCAUGUUCUGGCUGUUAUGAUUAGUCCUGAUGACCGGAGAAGGAAGCCAUAUGCAUUGCCUGUACAGUGUAUUCCUUAUGUUUCGCUCAGUCAUCUUCAAAUCAGAUCGAUAGUGACGAAUGUUGCGAAGGCAAUGAAAGAGAAAGGAAUGAAUGUUGUUGGUUUUGUGGCUAACGGUGAGUUUAAUUCAUUGCGAAGUAUGGGUUACUCUCGGCCAUUGUCAGUGCUCAAGCUAAAAUCAAACGCACGGGCAAAAUAUGCUCAGAUGGGGAAAGCAAAGAUGAUGCGAAUGUUGUCUCCUACUUGCACAAGUACUGGUGAUGUUGUAGGAGAGGAACACAACUGCGUUGUCCCGAGGGAGGUGCUUUGUGAGGUGUUACUUCUCAAAAGAAAUGGAAUGACAAUGGAGGAUAUUGUCAGCCGGCUUAGAUGUAGAACUGUGCCAUCUGGAUACCCUAUACAUAGCUGGAGAACCUUGUCAGAUGGUGAAAGUGAGUCACUGGAUGAUAAACUACGCUCUAUUCUUGCUCAAAUGGAAUUUACGCAUGUUGUUCGCUCCUGGGACCAGAAAGGUGUGCCAUUUCGCACGUACAUAUAUGUACCGGAAGAACAUCCAGAACUUGGCACAGUCUUCCACGAGCGCGAAGAUGAAGGACAUGUGUACAAGAGAAUGAGAAAUUCGACUCUAAUGGGUGGUCCAAAACGGUUCAAGCUGGAGCGCUUCAAUGAAGCUGUUUAUGAUGAGUCAGCAAAUCUUACCUACACAGCUUUGAUUGGAAGAAGAAAGCAGUCAAUUCGUGAUGUGGAAAAUUUUUUCUCGUCCUCUGUUGCCGAUUUCAUGAACCGAAAGGGAUACACAUAUGAAGCUCAGUUUGUGACUACUGUACGAAACUGGAGACGUGCAUGUGAUGAACGUGGCCUCACCCAACUUAAAAGGUGCCAGUUCAACUAUGAGCUGCUGAAUAUGUUGUUGGAUGAGCUCAUGCCAUGGCAUAGGACGCAAUACGAUCUCUCAUUGAUGGAAGUUAACAGGCCCACACGUGGUGUUCUGGGAUUCACUCGUGAGACCGUGAUCGCCCUUACAACCAACAUAGAGAGUCGUGAAUAUGUGCGUCGUACUCACCCAAAUCCAGAACACCCAAGAGCAUCGACCACCAAUGACGUUGAGUGUCUAUUCAGUAUCAUGCGUGACCUUGCAGGAAAGCAUUUUACUGUUCGAACGUGGAACUAUAAUUGGCGAAAAGUAUGCUCGGAACUAUCGAAGCGGUUGGAUCCAGAUUUGGGCUUCUUCUAUCACACCAGUUCUCAUGAUAGAUUUUACGAGGGUGAGACGCCAUCAUUUGACAAAGAAGGAAAAUCAAAACGAAACCCACGAAAUAGGCGAGUGAGAAGAAGAGAACUCCUAACAGACACGGUGUUUGGACGGGCUAGUCUCCCUGAGCCAGGAGCCACUUCCCUACGCUUGCAGUUCCACAAUGUAGCAGUUGAACUACCACCACCUCCAUCAAGUGUUUUGCCAUUAACUGAUCAUACUUACACUUCGUAAUUUUUUUCACCCCUAUACGUACCAAUUUUCUGCUGUUUUAUACUUAUACACAUGAUUUUGUUGUGUGUUAAUGUUCAUGUUUCCGUUUCAAAUUUAAUGACAAAAGAACAAUAGCGAAAUGAA